CGGCCGCGGUGGGGGCAGGGGGCGGCGGCGGUGGCACAGGCGGUGCGGGCGCUGGUGCUGGUGCCCUCCAAGGAGCUGGGGCGGCAGGUGGUGCAGAGCCUGCGGCAGCUGGCAGCGUUCUGCGCCCGCGACGUGCGAGUGGCCGACGUCUGCGCUCAGACCGACCUCGCCGCCCAGAAGCCGGUGCUGAUGGAGAAGCCGGACGUGGUGGUGGGCACGCCGGGGCGGGUGCUGGCGCACCUCAACGCCCGCAGCCUGAUGCUGCGCCACUCGCUGGAGCUGCUGGUGCUGGAUGAGGCCGACCUGCUGCUGUCCUUCGGCUUCGGGGAGGACCUCAAGGCCCUGCUGUGCCAUCUCCCCAAGAUCUACCAGGCGCUGCUCAUGUCGGCCACCUUCAACCCCGACGUGGAGGCCCUGAAGGAGCUGGUGCUGCACAACCCGGUGACGGUGCGGCCGCAGGAGCCGCGGCUGCCGGGCAGCAGCCAGCUGCGGCAAUUGGUGGUGCGCUGCGAGACGGAGGAGGACAAGUUCCUGCUGCUGUACGCCGUGCUGAAGCUGGCGCUGGUGCGGGGCCGCGCGCUGCUCUUCGUCAGCACCCUGCCCCGCUGCUACCGCCUCAAGCUCUUCCUGGAGCAGUUCGGCAUCGCCGCCUGCGCCCUCAACUCCGAGCUGCCCGCGCGCUCCCGGUGCCACGUCAUCGCGCAGUUCAACCGCGGCAUCUACGAUUACAUCGUGGCCACCGACGAGGAGGCAGCGCCGGGCACGGCGCCCACGGAGCCAACCCAGCGCAGGAAGCGGAAAGGGGCUGCCGAGAGCAAAGGCAGCGAUCCCGAGUACAGCGUGGCGCGGGGCAUCGACUUCCAGAACGUGGGCACCGUCAUCAACUUCGACGUGCCGGCGGCCGUGGAGUCGUACAUCCACCGCGUGGGGAGGACGGCACGCGCUGACAACCCCGGCACGGCGCUCACCUUCGUGCUGCCCGAGGAGCGCGAGCAGCUGGCGCAGAUCGAGGAUGUGUUGGCAGAACGGCGAGUCCAUGCUGCAGCCCUACAAGUUCUGCAUGGAGGAGAUCGAGGCGCUGCGCUACCGCUGCCGGGACGCCAUGCGCUCCGUCACCAAGCAGGCGGUGAAGGAAGCUCGGCUGCGGGAGAUCAAGGAGGAGCUGCUCAACUCGGAGAAGCUCAAGACAUACUUCGAGGACAACCCCCGUGACCUGCACGUCCUGCGGCACGACAAGCCGCUGCACCCCGCCAUCGUCAAACCGCACCUGCGCCACGUGCCCGACUACCUGGUGCCCCCCACUCUGCGCGGCGUCGCCAAACCCGACCUCAAGAAGCGCAGGCGGCUGCGGCUGCCCCACGGCGGUGCCAAGCGGCCGGCCGGCCCCAGGUCCCGCCGCACCGGCAACCCGCUGCAGAGCUUCAAGUACGCCCGGCACCGUGCCAAGCGCCGCGCCGCGCCGCCCUCCUGACCCCCCCGGGACCCCCACGCCAUCCCCAGGGCACGGGGUGGCUCGGGGCCAUGGGGCCGUGCUCAAUAAAGGUGCCGUGGGGCCGCGCCGUG